AUGUCUUCACGACCGUGGUCCAAGGGCAAGGCCAAGGGCGCAGGCCGCAACCAAGACUUCGACGACGCAGAAAAGGGCAUGUUCGACUACACGCCCGGCUUGCCCAUCAUCCCGCCCCGCAGCAGCCGCUCCGACAGGAAGAAGUCGCUCUACGUCGACACGGAUCUGUGGCCGCUGUCCCCCGUGCACGAAGGUCUCACCCCCCGCUGGAUCCUGUUUUGGCUCUGGUUCAACACGUACCGCAAGUUCUUCACCUUUGUCGUCCUGCUCAACAUUACCGGCAUCGUCAUGGCCGGGCUGGGGCGCUUCAAGUACGCCGAGAAUCACUUGGGUGCCUUGGUGCUGGGGAAUUUGUUGUGUGCCGUGCUCAUGCGCAACGAGCUGUUUCUUCGAAUCCUCUACAUCAUUGCUAUUUACGGACUGCGAAGCUGGGCCCCGGUUCCCAUUAAAUUGGGCGUCACCUCCGUUUUGCAGCAUGUGGGCGGCAUUCACUCCGGAUGCGCUCUCUCGGGCGCUGGAUGGCUUGUUUUCAAGAUUGUCGACAUCAUCCGGAACCAGUCCGUGCAGCACAUUACCGUAAUCGUGGCCGGAAUCAUCACCAACGUUCUCGUGCUCAUCUCCAUCUUGAGCGCGUUCCCGUGGGUGCGAAACAACUACCACAACGUAUUCGAAGGCCAUCACCGCUUCAUCGGCUGGCUUGGUCUUGCGGCGACCUGGGUCUUUGUCAUCUUGGGUAAUUUCUACGACAUCAAGUUGAAGGAGUGGCGUGCCGAUGCCGACUCCCUCCUUAGUGCACAGGAGUUUUGGUUUGCCGUUUUCAUGACCGUCUUCGUCCUCAUUCCUUGGAUCACGCUUCGAAAGGUCCCCGUCGAGGUCGAAAUCCCAUCCCCCAAGGUCGCCAUCCUCAAGUUCCAGCGUGGCAUGCAGCAGGGUCUCCUGGGCCGCAUCAGCCGCACCUCGGUCAUGGAGUACCACGCCUUUGGCAUCAUUAGCGAGGGUCGCAAGUCCGACUGCCACUACAUGAUUUGCGGCGUCCAGGGCGAUUUCACAAAGGGCCUCGUUGACGACCCGCCCAAGUUUGUCUGGACCCGCGAACUCAAAUUCGCCGGCGUCGGACAUGCUUCGGCCAUGUUUAAGCGAGGAAUUCGCAUUUGCACGGGAACUGGUAUUGGAGCCGCGCUCUCGACCUGUAUCCAGAGCAAGAACUGGUUCCUCAUCUGGAUCGGUUCGGACCAAGAGAGGACAUUUGGACCUACGAUCUCGGGCCUUAUCCACAAGCACAUCGAGCCGGAACGCAUGAUCCUCUGGGACUCCAAGAAGCGAGGCGGCCGGCCGGAUACCGUGGGCCUCCUCAAGGAGACGUGGGACAGCUUCGGAGCCGAGGUCAUCUUCAUCACCUCCAACAUGCAGGGCAACGACGAGAUGAUGCAGGGCUGCGCUGCAGCUGGUUUACACGCAUUCGGCACGCUGUGGGACUUUUAA